AUGAAGAUCCUUUUCGCUCUUGUAGCGAUUUCUAAGCUUUUGUUUUUAGCCUCUGCGACAAACAAUGGAUUGACAGACGCCGUUGAGUGGGAUGAGUAUAGCCUGACGGUGAAUGGGUCACGACUGUUUGUUCUCGGCGGAGAGUUCCAUUAUCAGAGAUUGCCCGUCCCGGAACUGUGGCCUGACAUCUUCCAGAAAUUCAAGGCAAAUGGAUUCAACGCUCUGGGACUUUAUUUCUUUUGGUCCUAUCAUUCUGCCGAGGAGGGAAUUUACGAUUUUGAGACCUCUGGAAAGAACCUCCAGAAACUUUUUGAUGCUGCAAAAGAGGCUGGGCUCUAUGUCAUCGCCCGUCCUGGACCAUAUAUUAAUGCAGAGACGAAUGCUGGUGGCUACGCGUUAUGGGGAUCUGAUGGCAGAAUUGGUCAAAUUAGGACGAACGAUGAGCGUCAUCGUGAUGCUUGGGCUCCCUAUAUCAAGCAACUCAUACCGAUACUGGCCGCCAACCAAAUCACCGAAGGAGGUCCGGUCAUCUUGGUUCAGGUGGAAAAUGAGCUUCGACAAACCGUUCACGAGCCGGACCACACCCUCGUACAGUAUAUGAUCAAGCUUGAAGAAGCCUUUAGAGAUGCAGGAGUUGUGGUACCACUCACGCACAAUGAAAAGUCAAUGAGCCGGCAGAGUUGGUCGUCAGACUUUCAGAAUGUUGGCGGUGCGGUCGAUGUGUAUGCACUUGACCACUAUCCUGGUGCCCUCUCCUGCACAAACAAUGAGACAGGAUUUGUUGUCAACCGAGGCUAUUACCAGUGGUUCAAAAAGACAAGUUGGACACAGCCUGAGUAUAUGGCCGAGUUUGAAGGGGGCUGGUUCUCAGCAUGGGGCAGCGAUACAUUUUACGACGAGUGCUUCACCGAACAUAGCCCGGAAUUUGCGGACGUCUUCUACAAGAACAAUAUUGGACAGAGAAUUACUCUUCUUGGGAUAUAUAUGGCUUACGGAGGCACUAACUGGGGUCAUUCUGCCGCUCCGGUUGUGUAUUCAAGUUAUGACUACAGCGCGCCGCUGAGAGAGACACGGCAGAUAUGGAGCAAAUUGAAGCAAACCAAACUUCUGGGACUCUUUACCCGCGUAUCAGGAGACUUGGUCCGGACCGAAAUGGUUGGGAAUGGAACCGGAUACAGCACUUCAUCAUCCGAUAUCUUUGCAUGGAGGUUAAGGAAUAUAGAUUCGAAUUCGACAUUCACAGUUAUACAACAUAACAACACCCAAUCGAGGGGGUCGGUGGAGUUUUCUGUUUCCUUCGAUACAUCUGAGGGGACCAUCGAGGUUCCAGGUGUAUCUCUAGAUGGGCGACAGAGCAAAAUCCUGGUCACGGACUACCUAUUUGGUACCAAGAAACUUCUCUACGCCACAGCGGAUAUUUUAACGUAUGGGAUCUUUGAUACCGAGGUUCUGGUUUUCUAUCUUCAAGACGGGCAGGCGGGAGAAUUUGCCUUCAGCGACCAGGGGCAAGAUCUCACAUUCGAGGUAUUCGGGGACUCUGAAUUUACAGCAAACGCUCGCGAUGGGCGCUCCGUGUACUCUUGGAAGCAAGCAUCCGGGCAGACAGUAGUCAGGUUCUCGAACGGGGUCAUUUUCUACUUGUUGGAGCGAGAGACUGCCUGGAGCUUCUGGGCCCCUCCCAAAGUCAGCACUCCCCUCGUAAAACCGGAUGAACACUUGUUUGUCCUCGGCCCCUAUUUGGUCCGGUCGGCUCGCAUAGCGAACAAAGUCCUCCAUGUCUCUGGGGACAACGAUGUGGCGACGAAAUUGGAAGCCUAUGUCGGCCAAGAGAUCGAAACUGUCGUCUGGAACGGCCUCCGUCUCGCGGCAGAGAAGACGGCAUAUGGUGCAGUUACGGUGGACAUCCCCGGUGCCAACGACCGAACGAUUUCUCUACCUCCUCUGAAAGACUGGAAUUCGGAAGACGGGGCCCCUGAGAUCAGGCCUGAUUUCGAUGACUCGAGUUGGACGGUGUGUGACCACAACGAGACUCUGAAUCCUUUCUAUCAGCCAGCCACCCUGCCCGUACUCUACAGCUCUGAUUAUGGAUACUACGCCGGGGCCAAGAUCUACAGGGGAUAUUUCGAAGGGAAGAACGCAUCGGCAGUGAAACUCACCUGCUCAGGCGGAUUGGCCUUCGGAUGGAACGCCUGGCUGAAUGGCAAAUUCAUCGGCGGGGAUGACGGCGCCAGUCUUUUGGGGACCACUAAUGCAACACUCACUCUUCCGAAAGAUGCCCUCUUGGAUGGCGACAACGUGCUGACGGUGUUCGUAGACUACCAUGGCCAUGACCAGGAUUCCACUGGAAAGGGCAUUAAUAACCCGAGAGGUAUCCUGGAUGCUCUAAUUCUGCCCGGGGGCACUCGGGAGGAUACCGGGUUCAAGACAUGGAAGAUUCAGGGCAACGCCGGUGGUUCAGCUAACAUCGACCCUGUCCGCGGACCCAUGAACGAGGGCGGGCUGUACCCUGAGCGACUGGGUUGGCACCUCCCUGAAUUCGAAACCAAGGGCUGGACUCGGUCUACGUCUCCGCUAGACGGCAUCAAAGCCCCCGGCGUAAGGUUCUAUAUUACAUCGUUCCAUCUUAAUAUCGACUCGGACCUGGAUGUACCACUCGGCGUGGAGCUCGGUGCGCCAGAGGGAACGGUGGCCAGAGUCAUGAUCUGGGUCAAUGGGUAUCAGUACGGCAAGUUUGUGCCACACAUUGGCCCGCAGUAUCGGUUCCCAAUCCCUCCUGGCAUCAUCAACAACCGUGGGAAGAACACUCUGGCGCUCAGCCUGUGGGCACAGACGGAGGAUGGGGCUGCCCUGGAUAAGGUUGAGCUGUUCUCGUACGGCAAAUACCACACGGAUUUCAAGUUUAACAGGGACUGGAGCUAUUUGCAGCCAAAAUGGGAAGAUAGAUCACGAUAUGCUUAA